AUGCUAGGUUGGACAGUUGAGGUGACGGGAAAGUGGUUCCGGCACUGCAGGCAACUGAUUACAGAGAUGGUUCUGAUGGAAGAACGCGACAAGGUCAUGCUAGGUGGGGAAGGAGUUAUUGUGGAAAUUGAUGAAUCCAAAUUCGGCAAAAGAAAAUACAACAAAGGACGUCGCGUAACAGCUGAUUGGGUUCUAGGAAUGGUGGAGCGAACCAACCAACGAAAGCUAGCAAUGGUGGUGGUGCCCAACAGGAAGGCAAAGGUACUCAUCCCAAUUAUCACAGCCUUUGUCCGUCCUGGAACAACAAUCCACACCGACAUGUGGAAGGGCUACAGCUGUCUACAGUACCUGGCCGACUACGACUACGAGCACAAGACUUUGUGCCACAAGAACGAGUACGUGGCUGCCGAUGGGACCCACACCCAAACAAUUGAAGGAAGCUGGUCGUUCAUGAAGAGGAAGAUGCCGGUGUGCAAAAGGAGCGGCAGGCAGCUGCAGGAGUAUCUGUGGGAGAUAAUGUGGAGGAGGUUGUACGCCGGUGGCCUUUGGAUGGCUUUCUUGACAGGGUUGAGCAGAUACCGCUACACACCGGCAGACAUUGAGCGGCUUUGGGAUUUGCGAGAUGAGGAAGACCCUGAGGGUUGGAAUGUGGAGAAUCAGAAAGAAGACGACGAAGAGGACAAUCUGUACUAUGAUACGGAUGAGGAGGACUACGAGAGUGAUGGUGUGGACGGUGCCGCUGCGGCGACGUUGUUGGGUAUCCAAAGGGCUAUUAUCUAG